UUAGCGAUUUUGGAUAUUAGGGUUUAGAGAAACCACCAGCGUAGAAGCAGCCACCAGGGAGAAGCAACAAUGGUUCUCAAGACUGAACUCUGCCGAUUCAGUGGUGCAAAGAUCUACCCAGGAAGAGGCAUCAGAUUUAUUCGUAGUGAUUCACAGGUUUUUCUAUUUGUGAACUCAAAAUGUAAGAGGUAUUUCCACAAUCGUUUGAAGCCUUCGAAGCUCACAUGGACUGCCAUGUACAGAAAGCAACACAAGAAGGACAUAGCUCAAGAAGCUGUGAAGAAGAGACGUCGUGCUACCAAGAAGCCAUACUCUCGGUCCAUUGUUGGUGCUACACUGGAAGUCAUUCAGAAGAAAAGAGCUGAGAAGCCUGAAGUUCGAGAUGCAGCUAGGGAAGCUGCUUUGCGUGAAAUCAAAGAGAGGAUUAAGAAAACAAAGGAUGAGAAGAAAGCCAAGAAAGCAGAAGUAGCAUCUAAGGCACAAAAAUCAGGCAAAGGCAAUGUUCAGAAAGGUGGUUUGCCCAAGGGUCCUAAAUUGGGUGGUGGUGGCGGUAAACGUUAGAUAGUUGAGUUGCAAUUUUGGCUGUAAUUUCAAUACACUUGUUUUUAAACCUCUAAAUUGAUAUUUUAUUUGCUUGAUUAGCUAACCUUAUUAUAAACCGUGUUUGGAGCUUCAGACAGCACCUUAUUACCGAAUGCAAUUUACUAGCAAUUCUAUAUUUUGUUUGUCAAA